GCCAUGGUGACCUUUAAGCGAAUCCUUCUUGCGUUCUACCUCCCAGUUGCUUUUACGUCACGAUACCUUGGAACCCAGGGGGCGUGGCUGCCGUUAUUACGCCACGCCCACACUUGGCCUGAUCAGGAAGUAAUUUGAGAAAAAAGGGAGAAUCGGAGAGCAAGAAAGAGGAGAGAGAGAGAGAGAGAGAGAGAGAGAGAGAGAGAGAGAGAGAGAGAGAGAGAGAGAGCGCAACAUCUGCUGGGAUUUUAUAGCUAUAUUUAUAUACUGCAAAUAGAGACUGCCUGCAGAAAUAUGCUCAUCAAAGAGUUCCGAGUGAUCCUGCCGAUUUCCGUGGAGGAGUACCAGGUGGGCCAGCUGUACUCCGUGGCCGAGGCGAGUAAAAACGAGACGGGGGGCGGAGAGGGAGUGGAGGUGCUGAAGAACGAGCCCUACGAGAAUAACGGAGAGAAAGGACAGUACACACACAAGAUCUACCAUCUCCAGAGCAAAGUCCCGGCCACCGUGCGAAUGCUGGCUCCAGCGGGGGCGCUGAAUAUCCACGAGAAGGCCUGGAACGCAUACCCCUACUGCAGGACCAUUAUCACGAACGAAUACAUGAAGGAUGACUUUCUGAUUAAAAUCGAAACCUGGCACAAACCAGACCUCGGAAAGCAGGAAAACGUCCACGGGCUGGACCCAGACACCUGGAAGAACGUGGAGGUGGUCUACAUUGACAUUGCAGAUCGAUCCCUGGUGCACCAAAGGGAUUACAAACCCGAUGAAGAUCCGUCAAAAUUCAAGUCUGCGAAAACAGGCCGUGGUCCGCUGGGCCCUGAUUGGAAGAAAGAGCUCUCCCAGAAGACAGACUGCCCCCACAUGUGCGCCUACAAGCUGGUAACAAUCAAGUUCAAGUGGUGGGGCCUCCAGAACAAAGUGGAGAACUUCAUACAGAAGCAAGAGAGACGUCUCUUCACGAAUUUCCACCGGCAGCUGUUCUGCUGGAUCGACAAGUGGAUUGAGCUGACCAUGGAGGACAUUCGCCGCAUGGAAGAUGAGACCAAGAAAGAGCUGGACGAGAUGAGAGUGAAGGAUCCAGUAAAAGGCAUGACUGCGACAGAAGACUGAGGCGAGGGGCUCUCUGCACUAUCUGUAUAAAGACCAUGUCCAGGACACCAGCGUUGUCGCCCUAUCGAUUUUUUAUUUUUUAAUGGCACAGCUUGUGGGUAGCCACUCUCUCUCUCUCCACAAUGUGGCAACGAUAAUUUCAAAAUCAACAACCCGACAAACUAACUGCUCUAUUGUGGUGACCAGAGAGCUGUUUAAAAAAACUGAAAAAAUAUAGAAGCACUACAUUUUAGCAUAUAUAUAUAUAUAUAAUAUUAUUAACAAACUGUUAUUAUGAGAGACAGAUAUAUAUAUAUAUAUUAGAGGCAGAUAUAUAUUGAUUUUGAUGUAAUAAUUGAUGUUCAUUCAUAUUCCUGUGUGUUAGUAGGACCAGGCUGAAUCUGUUUUAUUUGAUCGUAUUGUGCACUGUUUUUCUGUGUGUUUAGUUUUAUCUUAGAUCAUUGCUUGUUGAAGAGUAAUAGCGCUAUGGUGACGUUGUGAAGUGUUUUUGUCGUUUCUUCUUCAAUCAGGGAUAAACGGGUCAGUCACGCUUGCGUUUCAUGUGCUCCCCUCGGAGACCCACACAUUAGCGACGGAAAAGCGACAGUGAUCCCGUUUCUGUCCAGUUGAAUAGUGACAUGUUUUUUUAUCGCAGUCAAUGGCAGCACCCAGUGAAGACACAUUAUUUUGAAACCCUUUGAAUCUUUAAACAGAAUCAAGUACAGCCUGGAUGCAUUGAUAUCCUGUAUGUAUGCAUGCCUAAGUAUAUAUAUAUAUGCUUACAUACAUGUAGGUAUGGAGGUAACAUAUUAACACGCGCCCAAAUAAUUCACAUGACUAUUUCAAAUGUAGGGCUUUCAAAUCAAAUUGUGGGCAUUUCAGAUCUUGCCAGUGGGUUACGAAAAAAAGCACUGUGAGGUUGUGAGGUGGGCUGAGAGAAUUACUCCGAGUCAGGCUCUCGAGAGGCGAUUUAAUAAAGAAACAUUGAAAGCAAUUAAACACCCCGAGGAAUCAGAGCGGAAGAACCCAGGGAUCUAGAUCUGGAGAUCUGGUUUCCAGUUUACACCUCCUGGCCAGGACUCGCUUUAUCGUCACAGCAUUGAAACCACACUGGCAAGACAGGGGGUGGUGGUGUAGGUGGUGGGUAUUGAUUUCUGUUGUAUUCGAUUGCUUGAGUGUUGGGAGUACAGUUUGUAAAUAUUUGACAGGAGCAAUGAGUAAAGCCAGUGUGCUGUAACGACGCAUCCUUGACAUCAAUACCUCCGUGCUGUCCGCUUUAUUGGUAAAGCAGUCGGGUCCAGUUAAGACAAUCCGAGUGAGUGCCGCUGCAGUUCCUCUUGCAUGCACAGUAGGGGGCGCUCUAACGCCUUCUCAGUGCAGGCGUCUUUCACAAGCACCAAAAUGAAGCACAAAAACGCAAUAAAUGUGGCUCCUCGGCUGUGUGCCUGGAGCUAAUCUAUUAUCGGUAUGCCAGCAGCCUGUAUUGAUGAACAAGAAUUGAUAAAAAUAGUCAGCUUUAAAAUAUAAGUACAGUUUUUGGGUGAUCCUCGUAUCCGGUGACUCUCUUAAAUGUUCUUGAUUGACUGGCAGGCAAACGGACUGCAUGCACUUUGUUUUACCCAAACGAUGUUCCAGUAUUUUCAAUUCCUCUUUGAGGGGAGCCCAUACAAGCUGUGAAUACUGCGUGUGACACAGCCUGGUGCUCUUUAUUUUUCCGUCCUGUCACUGAUGUUUAGAGAUGUACAGGACACAUAGACAUCGUUCAGUCUGGGCAUAGAUCCAUGCUUUCAUUUGCCUCGCUGAUGCUGUUCUGAAUAUUAACCUCCAGAACACAGAGGAUCUGCUUACUGUGGCCCAGACGUAGAAGAAGUUCUGUGUUGUGUUUCUGGUUUUAGUUGUGUCGUUUACCAGCAGUAGGGUUUUUAUAGGAUUGCUUUAGGUUUGACGUCAUGUCUCCCUCCCACUCACAGGACUGGAGGAAAUCCUCUCCUCCAGCACCUUGUUCUGUGCAGCACAGUAACAAAUCAACUGUCCUGACCCUGCUGCGAAGUGAGCAGACUUACUGCUCUGUGGUUCUUGAGCUGAUGCUGGAGGGGAAGCUGUUGUGCUUUAGCUCUGUGCAGAGUAGCAGGCAGCUGAUUUAUUUUAAUAACAUGUUUACAGAGGAGGAUGCAGGUGCAAGGCUUGUGAGCCUCUCUCUCCUCAAGAGAAUCUCCUGUAAUGUUAGUAGAGACUGAAGCUGUGCAGAGCGGUCUGAAACACAUCGCGUGCCUCUUCCAGCCUGAGAUUGAUCAACUGCACAUGUAGGCCUGCUUUUGGGAGAUGCUUCGAAAGGAAGGCUUAGAAGAAAGGGUAGUGCCGUCCUGCUGAAUUGAACCAGAGUCUUUUUUACUGUGGGGGUGAGGGGUCCAGAGACCCUGCAAUAAACGUGGUCUAAUGUGAACCCACAAAAAUGAGCGUUUAAAAAAAAACAAAAAAAAAAACAUUUGAAGUCUGAACGUCAUUUUUUUUAACUGAAAACAAUAAAAGCGAGUAAAACUACUCUUAGGUUUGGAAAGCAAGCCCUGUGUCCCAGCCUUCUGCAACCUGUAAAAAAACAAAUGAAUAAUCUGUUUUAAAACAAUCAUGCUGUAGAGUCUUAGAGAGGAAUCAAGUAGGCAGCUUGCAUGCAUAAGAGACAAGUUCUUAGAGAAAAAUAAAAAACGCACAAAAGUCCCUUGUGUUGCUCUUGCAGAAAUCAUGACCUAAUCCAUCUCAAGCUAGUUUUACACAGCUAGUUUGGCAGAAUCGUAUUUAAGGUUCUUACAAGAUUAUGGUUACAGCAUUCGAGGUGCCCCAGUAAUUCUGUAGGAUAGUUUCAGUCUAGCUGAUAAAAGAUUUAGCCGUCUUGCAAACGGAUGAUUAUAACCAAGCAACUUGAGCCUUUCUUCAAAGAUCAUAAUGAGGGUUUUUUUAGCACUUGAAGAAACAUAACAUAACAUGUUCACAGCGGUCUGUCCUUUUAAGUUCUCAUCAGAUCCUGUAAAGAUCCUGUGCAGAUGUUCUUAAGUGUUUGUAGAAUGGAAGCACAGUGCUACUCUUUGAUCUGUCUGCACUGAGUUUACUAGCUCUUUGGUGGGACCAGUGGAGCCAGGCUUAGGAAGGAGGAAGGGGCAUAGUGUAGUUUACAAAAAAACAUUUUUCUGACGAUUACCCGCUUACCCUCUCCUGCCUUUUUUUCACCUGCUUAAGGUGUGGGUGCUAGUUUUACAUCUCAUCAGAAGCAGUCCGAUUUCGCACAAAAUGGGUUUGAUUCCCCAGAAAUAAGGCUCCCAUUGCAUAGCAGCCUGAUCCAUUGCUGGUUUCACCAUGAGUUUAAUCAGACACACCUGUGCUUGUUUAGCUAUACACCGUGGGCUGGUCAAGCUCAUAGUAAAACCUGGACUGGAUGAAACUGCUGUGCAAUAGGAGUCUUCUUGCCAUCCCUGUAUCCAACUGAUCUCUAUACCGCCACUGACGUGUUUACAAUGUGUGUACCAAGAUGAAAUCAAACCUCUGACAUUCCCUUUGCGUCUGUCGUGCAUUUUUUGUCAGUGCUGCAGAGAGAUCCUGUUCAGUGCUUUGAAAGCAUGGCAGUAUUUGGAUCAGAGAUCGUGAUCAAUCGACUAGAACACAGUUUGUGUUCAAUAGCACCACGUGAACCGUUCUCGGGUCACGCUAUCACUUUUUAAGGGUUUGAGUUUCUUCUUAAUCAAAUGCAUUCCUGUGUCUGUUUUGUAACUUGUUAUUCUCUGUGUGACGAGCUCAAUGUUAUUUAGAGUGUUGUAAUCACAGUCUCUGUUUCUGUAAUUAUAUGAUCCAUAUAAAAAAUCUUAAAACAAAGUAUAUGUACUGUAUAUAAUAUUAUAUAUGUCAGAAAUCCCCUUCCAAUGCACUCUGAUCUAUUUAAGUCACUUCAGUUAGUAGAUUGUGUAGAAAUGUAUUCCAGUUUCUUGGUCUGAAGAUUCCAAUCCAGCUUUUUUGUCAGGAUGGUGUGCGUGUGUAUAUAUUUACAUAUAGUUUGUUCUGUUUGUUUACAUUCUGUAAGACUCUAGAACCGCUCGUUACAGAAUUCGUUACAGAAUUAUUAAUAUGUCCUUUAUUUUGAUGUUUUGUUUUGGUUUUUCCCUUGAUUCAGAUCUGGCUCUUCUAGCACAGCAAAACGUGAAAGGAAUAUGAGCCUUAAUAAUAAUAAAUAUAAUUAUAAUCGUACUAACUGACCAGUGGCUCGUGGAUCCAGAGGCUGGACUGCACUGAUUACAAGGUGGAACUGUUCAAGAGGCUGCUCUGUGUUACUCUGAACUGUGCAGGAGGAUUUUAAUAGAAGUUGUCUUUAUUUUCUCUUUUUCUUUUAAAGUGAGUUUGUGCCUUUUUGUCAUCUAAUCUUCCAAUACAGGAAUAUUGGAAUAAAGCAAAUAAAACUCUA